GAACUUAGAGGAAAGAAAAACACUUAGUUUACUUAGGCAGUAAAAAGGGUUGUUGAAACAAGCAACAAAAAGUUAUCUAAAUUAUACUUUAGGUUAAAAAAAAAAAAUACCAGCCUCUUUUCCACGCAAAAGAUGAGAACGACACAAGGUACACAGACAAGGGUCUUGGGGCCGUGUUUUAGCUGUGUCUCCUCACGCACUAGACUUUCAGAUAAGACGGAAAGGGAACAACAGUCAUAAUAUCACGAGGAAAAAGUCACUGGAAUCUUAGUGCAAAUCAAAAAAUUUUAACUAAAGCAAAAGCUAUUUAAAAAAUGAUGGAUAUUGAUGAUCAAAAUCUGUUGGAAGACAGUAGUGAAAAAAAGCGAAGUGACAGUUCACAUACUGUUGAUUUGCAUGAAAACCUUCUGGCUGUUGAUAUAUCGGAUGCGUUAAGUGAACGUGAAAAAGUAAAGUUUACUGUCCACACUAAGACUGAGCUAAAAGACUUCCAAGGAACUGAAUUUUCUGUUACCCGUGAUCACGAAGAAUUUAUAUGGUUGCAUGAUCGCUACGUUGAAAAUGAGGAGUAUGCUGGUAUUGUGAUACCACCACCACCACCUAAACCUGAUUUUGAUGCAAGCCGUGAAAAAUUGCAAAAACUGAGCGAAGGCGAGGGAACAAUGACCAAGGAAGAGUUUCAAAAAAUGAAGCAAGAACUUGAAGCCGAAUACUUAGCUACAUUUAAAAAGACUGUUGCAAUGCAUGAAGUUUUUUUGACAAGACUGGCUGCACAUCCUGUCUUACGUAAUGAUCACAACUACAGAGUUUUCCUCGAAUAUAAAGAAGAUCUAAGCGUGAGAGGGCGAAACACCAAAGAUUUUUUCAAAGGUAUAGCAAAAGGCAUUGCAAAGGGAGUGGAUGAAAAGGUUCUAUUGUCUGGACAAAAGGAUGUUGAUGAAUAUUUUGAGAGCGAGAAAAAAUUUUAUGUCAAUUUCCAUGCAAGGAUCAAGGACGGUGCUCAGAAAUGUGAACGAAUGACAGCAAUGCACAAAAAGAUGGCGGAUGUAAUGAUCAAAAUAUCCUCUGGGUUAGGUGCACUGGGAACAAGUGAAGAAUCCAAACUGGCACCAAUUUUCAACAAAUCAGCAGAAACUUUCGAAAAGUUGAGGAAACUUGAAGGACGUAUGGCCACGGAUGAAGAUCUCAAAUUAGCGGACCUACUGAAGUAUCAUAUGAGAGAUGCUGAGGCAGCAAAAGGUCUUCUUUACAGACGAAUGAGAUGUUUAGCUAAUUUAGAGACCGCUAACAAGAACUUAGAUAAAGCUAGAGCCAAGAACAAGGAUGUUGCGAAUGCGACCACGAAUCAACAAGAUGCUAGCGAGAAAUUUGAAAUGCUAUCCGACACAGCAAAAACAGAACUUUCAGAUUUAAGAAAAAAGAAAGUUGCGCAUUUUAAGAAAAACCUAGUUGAGCUUUCUGAUUUGGAGUUAAAACACGCAAAGGCUCAAGUUACACUGCUAACGAAUGCUGUUAAUUUGUUAAGAGAAAUGUGAGAUUUGUAAAAAAUGUCAUUUCUGGAAUCAAGAAUGGUUUUUUAUACCUUAAGGGAAUUUUCUUUUCGAGGGAAUUAUCUUUUCCGCGAAAUUAUUGAGUAACUCUUAGUUAUUCUUAGCACUUAUAUAACAGACAAUGUGAAUUUUAACUUCAGCAGUCUUUAUUUAAUGUCUCCUUCACAAAAAAGUCCUUAAAAACGGUAUAAAUUGAAGAGAUAAAAUGUUAUCAAAUUAUUUUAUAUAUCGGCACUUAUUUCGUGAAAGUUAGUUCUCUCGAAAUUUUUUUAUUAAAGAAAUUCUCGCGAAAAUUAGUCCUCGCGAAGUAUAAUUCCCUUAAGAUAUAUGAAUCAGACCUUCGCCUUUUUCCACGAUACAACAUGACGAAGAAGCUUUGAAGGAGCGAAAUUAUGUUCUAGGAGAGUUAUAUAUUUUCUCAACUAUUUCACUUUUCGUGAAGUUAGGUUUAUGAAGCCCACUUGUGAUUUGAAUUUUUUUUUGUAUUGAUCUUUACUGAUUCUUUAUUAGUGUAUCUUGAACUCAAGUGUUUUUUUAUAUGAAUUUAUUAAUUUAGUUGUAUAUAUCUUCAAGGAAAUUAAAUUUCAGAUACUUAUUAGAUAUUGAUUAUAAUAUGCUCAUCUAUUUAGCGUAGUUUUCGGUGAGGCGAUUAAUCUAUAGCGAUUUUUACUACUUUUGUCUUUGAACAUUUCUAUUUCUGUUGCAGCAUGUCUUCCAAUUUAUUUACGAUUGUUUUGAAAUAAAGAAUUAGUCCAUUAAUCAGAUACUUCUGUAUUUGUAAUUUUCUGAACAUAAUAUUAUUUCGUAU